CAAGAUGCUGAAAAGUGCUGAAAGUGAGAAAGUUCCUGCAAAUAUCUAGUCUAUGAAAAGAACAGCUCCUUGGAGAUAUCUGCAGCAAAUAUCUGAAUAGAGCUGUCCAGUUGCCAGGAAUACCAGACAGGCAGACACAGAAGGAAUCACCACAGCACAAAAAUGCUAGGGUUCUUCGGCACCUCUGCUGCUUCUGAUCUCUGUCAUUUGCAGCUUGGGAAUGGAUCAGUUCAUCAUGAACUGAAUAGACAAAACAAUUAUAGACAGAGAAGUGUGAUCAGGUGCUGCAGCACAGCGAGGGGAAGGACGAAGGACUACUACAAGGUUCUUGGGGUCACAGUUUAUUCCACACCCCAGGAGAUCAAGGGGGCUUACAGGAAACUUCAGAAGCAACACCAUCCCGACAUUGCUGGCUACAAGGGUCAUGACUACACACUGUUGCUGAACGAGGCAUACAAGGUAUUGAUGAGGAACCUUUCCAGGCAUGCUGAUGGCAAGACUAGGGCCGGCUUCGGAAGUGGUUACACUGGGGAUGGAUAUAGCUCCUGGAAUGGCCCUGUGAGAAGCCAAGCUCUCUUUGUAGAUGAGAACAAGUGCAUAGGAUGUAGGGAAUGCGUGCAUCAUGCUGCGAGGACAUUUGCCAUGGACGACGAUCUCGGCAGUGCGCAUGUGGAAAUCCAGUUUGGAGACCUGGAGCAACAGAUUCAGCUGGCUGUGGAGUCCUGCCCCGUGAACUGCAUCCACUGGGUUGACAGCCAGGAGCUGCCGAUGCUCGAGUUCCUGUCCCGUCCGCAGCCGAAGGAAGGCCAUGGAAUCUUCGGUGGUGGGUGGGAACGGCCUAGGAACGUGUUCGCAGCAGCCAAGAACUUCGCCAAGAGACUCGAAAGGGUGGAGCAGGAACUUGAACGGGAGCAAUCCUCCAGAAGCCACGGGAAUGCAGACUGCGAAGCUGAAACGGAGGCUCAGGCCGAGGCGAGGCGCCGCGCUGGGGAGGAACUCAGAUGGAAGCCUCUGGUUGAUGUUUGGAAUGGGUUGAGGGGCUGGAGGAAAGGUGGAACAGAUCAGUGAAGUGGCAGAUCAUUGUGGUUGGUCAUUGAUCCUUCGCAUGGGCAAAACACAAAAGUCCAGCUGCAACCAGAAACCAUGAUAACAUUUGCAACUGCAGGAAAAAGACUAUUAGGAAUGUACCAUGGACGCUGAAAGAAUAAAUAGUGGUAUAUGAAUACAUGUUUCUUAGGAUCAUUGCUUGUACCGAAAUGGAAUAAAUAGUGGUACUGGUAUAUACACGAUGUUUCUUGGCA